AUGGAGAGUCGUAGAAUGAGUGUGAGAGUGAGAGGGGCUAUGAUUGCCUGUGUUGUUGCUCUGUUGUGGAGUGGGGCAUCUGUGGCAAACAUAAGCAUAUACUGGGAUCAGAAUCGCUGGGAACGUUCCCUUGCCGACACCUGCGCAAGCGGCAGAUUUGAAAUUGUGAUGCUCGACUAUCUAAGCGACUUUGGCAAUGGGCAGAUGCUGGUGCUCAACCUGGCGGACCAUUGCUAUCCCCCCUCGGGAGGAUGCAAACCACUGAGUGCUGAUAUUGAGUCCUAUCAGUCCAAUGACGUAAAGGUGUUUUUAUCUAUUGGAGGAUGGCCCGAUUUCUCAAACAAUUCACUCAGCUUCACAGAGGAUGCUCAGAACCUAACCAAUUAUCUGUGGGAGAACUUCCUUGGAGGGCAAUCAGACUCCAGGCCUCUGGGAGACGCUGUUCUGGAUGACAUAGAUUUCGAUAUCAGAAGGAUGAUGUAG